AUGUCGUCGCUGAAUGUUGCACUUUCAUCGUAUUCCACAAUAGCAGUAGUUUUUGAAAGGAUGAAAAUCCACAUCAAUGAGAGAAAUAGCAACAAAACACCGGAGCAAGCGCCGCUAUUUGAGUUCACUGCUGAUAAUGUUGAAAUUAUGCCUUCGAAAGAAACGGUCAAAAUUUAUAAAUUGUCAAUACCUCAUUCGUCGUGCACCGCUGCAAAGGAACUUGAG